UGUAAAAAUGAAAAAAUAUUUCAUAAUAAUUUUUGCCAUUGUUUGUUUCUCGCCACAAGUGUUGGGCUUUUGGAAAUUUAUUAGAAAAAUUAUUCAAAAUGAAGAUUCUAAUAUUGUCAGAGUUAGAACAACCAAAGAAAUGACCGAAAGGAGUGCCGAAAAUGCAGUGCUCGAUUUCAUCGGACUUGUCGAACAAUACAAAGGAUAUACUGCUGAGGAAUAUCAAGUAACAACACACGAUGGGUACAUUUUAACAUUACACAGAGUUAGUGGAAGUCCAUCGAACCCUGCAGCUAGCGGCAAAUCAGUCGUUUACAUCGGCCAUGGUCUAUUUGGAAGCUCUGACUUUUUUGCCAUACUAGGACCUCAACAAGCACUGCUAUACAUGUUAGCAGACGCUGGUUACGACGUUUGGAUAGGUAAUUUUCGCGGCAACACUUAUUCCAGGCGUCAUGUCAAAUAUUCAGUUAACAGUGAUAAUCUUAAAUAUUGGGGUUUCAGCAUGGAUGAACUAGGAUUAAUCGAUUUACCCCUGUUCAUCGACACAGUUCUCGAAAAAACGAACAAAACAAAGCUAUCGUACAUCGGAUAUUCGAUGGGAAAUACACUUAGUGCCAUGCUUCUAUCUGCUAAACCGGAGUACAAUGAUAAAAUGCACGUUGUUGUGAGCAUUGCUCCAGUGGUACUUUUUACCCCACCUUUUAGUUCUCUGUCAAGGGCUCUUCUAUCUUUAUCAGUUCCAGCAAAGAUUCUGAUUUUGUCUAGUCAAGCCUAUCAAAUACUACCACAAUCGAAGCUCAUUCAAACCAUUGGGAAAGAUGUGUGCGUUAAAACUUCAGGUCAACUACUCUGUAACGGUUUUCUGAAUAACAUCGUUCACGUUAAUCGCAUGAAUACAACUUAUAUACCAAUUAUACUAAAGUACGCUCCAGCAGGUGCUUCUUAUUUCAUGGUAGAUCAAUAUGCUCAGUUUUUAAAGACCGGAGAGUUUAGACCUUACAAUUUUGGAUUUCUCAGAUUAAGCAUAAGACGUGAUUCUUUAAUACCGUCAAAGUAUGAUUUGACCAGAGUUACUUCGCCCCAAGCCUUAUUUUACUCCGACAGCGAUGUUUAUUCCAAUGUCCGAGACGUUGAAACAUUGAGCAGCAUUUUCCCCAAUGUGGUGGCACUGGAAAAAAUAACUAACUUCAACCACUUGGACUAUAUGUGGCUGGAUGAAGAUAAAGAGGUUUUAUACAAUCGAGUACUGGAAAUUAUUCGCGAACAGUCUAAUGAGUAGUCAACUUUAAUCAUAUCCAGUUCGUGGCAAAUCGUCUAGAAAAUAGAUGCCACCACGUAAUUUCUUAUAGUCCUCGAGAAUCGAUGUGAGUUUGAAGAGAUCAUCUUCGCUUAGCUGGAUUAUUGAGAAAACAAUACGUAAGUGAGAAAGACGU